AUGGGUAUUGCCCGAGAGAGCCGGGUCGAGGUCAAGUCGAUGCUAACUCAGGUAUCUAGCAAGCCGUCUGGAUCGGGUCGGGUACACCCGUUUACCGCCUUAGACAACGCCAUGAGUCCCCACACAGUCCACGUCAUCUUAUACUACGCUCAUAGUCCAUUCGGAUCCUUCGACGUCGAGUCGGUCCGGAACCCGUUAUCGGAGCUCCUCUCCCUGUACCCGCCCGUUAUUGGUCGGGUCACCAAAAACCCGGACGGCAUCUGGGAGGUCAAGUGUAACGACGCGGGACUUCGAGUCUUGCAAGCCAAGGUUUGUGUUGGUAUUGAUGAAUGGCUCAGAUCAGCCGAUGGACAUGAGGAGCUUGAUCUAACGGCUUGGGAAGACAUGCCAGAAGAUCCUAGUACUUGGUCGCCGUUUCGUCUACAGAUAAACGAAUUUGAAGGAGGAGGAGUAGCUAUAGGCCUGAGCUGCCCACACAGACAAGCAGACGCAACAACGUUAACUGUUCUGUUAAAGUCAUGGACAGAAGCUCAACGCCAUCAGUGCAUCGUCCACCCUCCAUCCCUCUCACCUCUACCAUAUAACCUUACGGAUAUUGACGCCGUUAAAUCCGACGGUGACUCCUUCCCAGAACCCAUUUCAACGAAAACAGCCACCGCCACGUUUAGAUUCUCUGGCUCCGCUUUCAAGAGAUGUCUUGACGAAUACUCUAUCUUCCCUAAAGCGUCGCCGUUCGAUGUGUUUGCCGCUCUUUUCUGGACACGUGUCGCUCUGGUGAAGCGUAAUACCGAUCGAGUCUCCAUAUGUGUGGAUUUCAGGAGACUGUUGCCCGAGCCGCUUCCUUACGGUUUCUUCGGAAACGCUUUGAACUUUUCGUCUCUGGAGAUAAGUGACGUGGUUGAUAAGGGGAUUGGACACGUGGCACGUUCGAUAAACGAUCACGUUACGAGUUUAGACGUGGAGAAAAUCCGGUCAGACCUAAACCGGACUAGGUCAUACGGUCAAAUUUACGGUAAAGAUUUGACGAUUGUGAACAUGGAGCAUAUGAUCGUGGGAGGAGAGCCGUUGAUGUACGAGGCUGUGUUCGAGAACGGCGCGAGACCUGUGCACGUUAGUUACCGGAUCCGAAACGAAGGCGGAGAAGGGGUGAUCACGGUGAUGCCAUCGCCGGAGAAAGGGUUUGGGAGGACAGUUGCGGUAAGUUUGCCGGAGGAGGAGAUGUCAAGGUUGCUUUCGGAUCAAGAAAUCCUCCGUUUGGAGCCAAAGAUCAUUCUAAGCGGUGUCAAGUGA